AUGACCACUUUCCUCUACUUGGCUGGUUUGGUUUUGGCUCUGUCUGUCCCUGGCGCGAAAUCAGAGUCAGCAGUUCUGCGGUUCUCGGGGCAGACGGACUUUGUCGUCAACGAGAGCAGCGCGGCGGUGGUCCGACUGGUCGUGGAGAGAGUAGGAGAUCCCGUCAAUGUCACGGCUUUGGUUCUGCUGGAGGGAGCGGACACUGGAGAUUUUGAGGCUGUCACAGCUGCCGCCUUUUUGCUGUCCACUGAACUCAGUAAGACCAUAUUCAUUGCAGUGAAAGACGACGAGCUGCCGGAAGCAGAUGAGACGUUUACCUUUAACCUUACCCUACAGAGCUCCUCUAACGGUGUGACGCUGGGAACACCCAACAAAGCGACCAUAACCAUCCUUUCCAAUGAUAAUGCCUUUGGAAUCAUUGCCUUCAACUCAACUGAGGAGGUCGUAGUUGAUGAACCAAAAGAAGGCAACCAGUUUGUGCCUCUCACUCUAAUUAGAGAAAAGGGGACAUACGGAACAGUGACCGUAAAUUUUGAGAUCUCUGGGGGCCCCAAUUCUGCCUUAGAGGACCUCGCUCCAGACAAAGGGAAUAUCACUAUUCCUGUUGGACACUCUGUCGCUCACUUUGACAUCCUCAUCCGGGAUGAUCAGAUUCCAGAAGAUGAUGAAGUGUUUUCAGUCAGGCUCACAAGCAUAGCAGGCGGAGCGCUCCUCAGGCCCAACGGCAGUAGUGUGCAGCUGAGGAUCCGACGUAAUGACAGCCCACUGAGGUUCUCACAUUCUGUCGUGGCAGUUCCAGAGACUGCCGGAGUCAUCGCCUUGAAUGUGACCCGUGGUCGGCUGAGAGAAGAUGGACCGCUGGUCGGUUCUGUUGACACUGAGGUCAGUGUGGAUUAUAUACUUUCAAGUGGCAAAGGGCUGGUCAAGGCUACGGUUGAUGAGGAUUUCCUUGAUCUGCAGUCGGCCAAGACUAUUACCUUCCCUCCAUUUGUCUACAAGACGAGCCUGCUGUUUAACAUUACAGACGAUGAAGUGCCAGAAAUUGCAGAGUCCUUUCAAGUGGUCCUACUGGAGGCGAGCGUCAGAGGAGACGCGGUCCUAGUUUCACCCAAUUCCGUCCUUGUGACCAUCGAGCCUAACGAUAAGCCUCACGGCGUCCUUUCAAUCAGCAGUAGUGCCGUCAUUCACCCAAUCAGUAUUGAUGAGGAUCUGAUACAAAGAUAUGAAGGCCUCGUUAUUGCAAGAAAUGGAGGUAGCUAUGGCCAAGUGUCCGCCAACUGGUCUAUCAGUCGAAAGUCAAGUGUCCUCCAGCCAGUAUCUGAUGACUUGGCACCUGAGUCAGGGGUGGUGACCUUUGCCCCCGGCCAGUUAACUGCCGUGAUUCCAAUAAAUAUUGUAACAGACGAUGUACCUGAAGAGGCGGAAGCUUUUUUUCUACGGCUGCUGCCGCAUUCCGUCACUGGGGACGCUGAGGUGGAUGAACCCAUGGAGAUGGUGUUUUACAUUCAAGACAGUGAUGACGUCUACGGGAUAUUUCUCUUCAACUCUGAAAAAGAGCAAAGCAUUCAAAGCCAACCCGAAGGCCGUUUCCUGUCACUAAACUUCCUGCGGGAAGGUGGCAUGCUGGGCCAAGUCUCAAUGAGUCUAACAGCUCUCUACAUUCCAGCAGGACCAAUAGAUCCACUUCUGGCCCGAGACCAGGUUCUAAAUGUUAGCAGGACUGUGAAUGUUGUCUUCUCUCAUGAACACAAGGUUCAUUUUGUACUGCCAAUCAGGAACGAUGCUUUUCUGCAGAACGGAGCUCAUUUUUUUAUACAGUUGAAUGCACUGGAGCUUGUUGAUAUCACGCCCAUGAUUCCUUCAAAAAGUCCAAGAUUUGGGGGACCGGUCAAUCUCACCCUUACAGUCACCCCUGAUAUUGCCAAUGGGGAAAUUGGCUUCACUAGUAACACUACAGUGGUGGUUCACGAACCAGAAGAUAGCCGCACUAGCAUGACGAGCCUCCCACUUCGGCGUGACGGUACCGACGGCCAGGCCAUUGUGUUCUGGAGCCUCAAGCCGAUCGGAGCGAAUCAUGAGGACGUCACCCAAAGUGAUCUAGAACCUCUCAACGGCUCUGUUGUUUUCAUGUCAGGGCAAAGCGAAGCCUCCAUCAACCUCACUAUCUUGGCUGAUAAUACUCCGGAAAUCAACGAGACCUUGCUGCUUACCCUGGAUAGAACAAACAAAAAACUUUUCACUGUCGAAAACCAGAUCCUGAAAGCUGGCUUUACCGCCAGAGAGAUCGUCAUCAUGGAGAACGAUGACCCUGGUGGAGUCUUUGAGUUCUCUCCAUCCUCCAGAGGUCCUUGGUUGAUCAACGAGGGUGAGACUGUGGAGCUCCAUGUGGUCAGAGUUCAGGGACAGCUGCUAAAACAGCUGGUGCGUUACGAUGUCAUGCCUGCAGGCAAUUCCGAAUUCUACGGGCCCACAGGCAUCUUGGAGUUUAAACCAGGCGAGAGGGAGGUCAUGGUGGCCCUGGUAGCCAAGUCUGAUGGGGUACCAGAACUGGACGAGAAUUUCUACGUGGUUCUCAGCAGCCACAGCACUCCUCCCAGUCAUAUUGGAAGACAUAGGGAGGUCAACGUUACAGUGCGCAGAAAUGAUGACCCCAUUGGAGUCGUAGAAUUCAGCCAAUCGGGAGCAACACAAGUUAUGAGUGAGAGUAAAGGAAACGAGACAUACCAAGUGACUUACUCUGUGGAGAGGAGCAGGGGGCUCUUCGGAGAAGUGUCUGUUUCAUGGACUCUAGAGCCAGCCGCAUCUGGAGAUGUUAGCCCUAUCCGAGGAAACAUCACAUUCAAGGAAGGGGAAUUCUUGAAAAAUAUUACUCUCCAAUCUUUACCUGAUGAGAUACCUGAAGGCCUAGAGAAUUUUACAAUCACCUUGGUGGACGUGAGUGGUGGAGCAAGGCUCGGAAACAGGCUCACAGCCAAUUUUCAGAUCAGCAAAAACGAUGAUCCCAUUUAUUUUUCUGAACCUGUCAUUGUGCGGCUUCGGGAAGGCGGCGUGGCCAAUUUUAGCGUUUUGCGGGCCGGGCGAGCAGACGAUGUUGGCACGGUGGCGUACAGAGUGGAAUACGGUGACGCCUCACCUGGCGAUCUCAGUCUUCCCAGUAAUGACACGCUGUUGGUGUAUGAAAUAGGAGAAUGGAGGAAAAACAUCUCAGUGACUAUAGAAGACGAUAACAUACCAGAGACUGAUGAGCGCUUCUUCAUUGUCUUGUAUAAUGCCACGGGUGAUGCUGUGGUGUACGGAGCAGACAGGGCUACCGUGGUCAUUGAGGCCAACGAUGACGCUAAUGGCAUUUUCUCACUGCAGCCAACGGAAAAGACAGUAGAGGAGGGGAAAGACAAUAACUUCUCUGUCUUGCGAGCACGAGGUCAUUUUGGUAAUGUCACAGUCUUCUGGCAGCUUUACGCCAAUGAUUCCAUCACUCCAUUGUUGCAAAGUCAAGAAUUUAUCAACACCUCUGGCUCCAUCACUUUCACUACUGGAGAAGAUUCCAAAGCAAUCGUGUUGGAAGCCAUCUCAGAUAAGCUUCCAGAAUUCAAUGAGGGUUUUGUCCUCAGACUGGUAAAUAUAUCUGGUGGUUACCCGGGGGACGGUGGUCGACUUGCUAAGACUUCUCUGAGCGCCUUGCUGGUCAUUCCCCUCAAUGACGACCCGUAUGGCGUCUUUGCCAUCGCCAACGACAAUCUGGACCACGAAGUAGCGGAGGACGUACUGUCAGUGGAUGAUAUGGCGGAUGUCACAUCUUUUACCGUUGUCCGACAGCAGGGUACUUUCGGCGACGUGCGGGUUGCCUGGGAAAUUGUAUCAGGACAUUUUCCAGGUGGUCUUCCUCUGAUGGAUGACCUGCUAAUUCUAGCAUCCUUCCAAGACGGGGUAGAACUCAGGCCUCGUGCCAGAAGACACCACUCUGCAACAGACACGUGGUUUUUCUCCGGACGUCCCGCAGCGUACGGGAUCAUCUCACCCAAAGAUUCGCCUCCUAUUCCAGAAAACUGUACGCUCUCUGCUUGGUUGGUCCCAAAAGCAGCUACUAAUGGUUUCAUAGUCUCCAAAGGAUUGACUAAUGGCACUUUGUAUUAUGGUGUCAAAGUCCACACCAAUGAGUCUCAUGUUACAGUGAAGUUGUACUACACAGUGAGAGGGGCAAAUAAUACCCAAGUGGCUCAGGCCACUGCGACCAAAUUCGUGGAAGAUAAUACAUGGCUACAUGUGAUUAUUACGGUGGAUGAUGGGAUUGUUGAGUUCUUUCUGGAUGGAAAGCCCAUUCCUGGGGGCCUGAAGAGCAUCAAAGGAGAAGGCAUUGCCGAUGGUCCUUCUUCUAUAUUCAUCGGGUCUGAUCCGUCAGGUCAACAACUUUACACAGGCCUUCUUCAAGAUGUCCGUCUGUACCGUACAGCGCUUGAUCAGAGCCACAUACAUGAGCUUCACAGCCAGCCUCCCAAAAUGGACCUGCGCAUCAUCUCGGGUUAUCUCCGCUACAAGCAGCAGGAGAGCCAAAAGUCGUUUGUAGUGGAAGUCAAGGAUGAUGACGAAGAAGAGGGGGAGGAGGUGUUCUACCUGCAAUUGGUGGCGGCUCAUGGCGGCGCCCGCUUGGCCGUCCCUAGGCCUACAGCCAUCAUACGAGUCAUGAAGAGUGAUAAUGCCAACGGACUUUUUGGGUUCACCGGUGGUUGCAUACCUGAUACCACUGAGGAGGGUUCAACUAUUUCCUGUGUGAUUGAGCGGAUGCAGGGAUCUCUGGACAGAGUUUAUGUCAAUUAUUCUGUCACCCAAAUGAAUGGCGAGGAUAGCGAGACGCCCGCAUUUGGCGAUUUUGUUAAUGCAACCGGAGCUGUGCUUUUCAUGAAUGGGCAACGCUCUGAGGUCCUCAACCUUUUCGUGUUGGACGACAACCUCCCUGAACUGGCAGAGACCUUUCAAGUCACGCUGAUAUCGGCAAGAUCAAGUGAUGGGAAGCUAGGCUCAACUCCUGUUAGCGGCGCUAGCAUCGACCCCAGUAAUUCUGUCAACGUGGUGACGAUUACAGCGAGUGACCACCCUUAUGGCUUACUGCAGUUCCAAGAUCAUCUUCCAGGCGAAGGAUUAAUCCCACCUGCGUUAGAACCUGCGCACAUCACCGUCAAAGAGGAAGACGGGGAGGUCCGUCUGCCAGUGGCCAGGGCACAAGGCCUUUUAGGAAGGGUCAUGGUGGGAUAUAGGACCACCCCCUUCACAGCGUCCAGCCCUGAAGACUAUGAGGACUCGGAGGGUAUGCUGGACUUUCUCCCAGGAGAAAGGUUGAAGUUCAUUUCUGUCAGGAUCAUUGACAAUCCUGUUCCAGAGCUGGAUAAGGAUUUUAGAGUGGAGCUAUUCAAUACUGAUGGAGGAGUGGAUCAGUUUCUGCAUGUUGAGGAAAGUGGUAGUGGGGAGAGUGACUUUGAUUUCCUGCCAUCAUCCUUUCUACAUCGUGCCAGCCUGGGAGCUGCUUCACGGAUCACGGUUAAGAUCGCAGCCUCUGAUGAUGCCCACGGGGUCUUCAACUUCAGCCCUGGCUUUCUGUCCGUCAAUGGGACAGAACCAGAAGAUGGACAUAGCGCUGUCCUUUUAAAGGUGGAUCGAUCCUUUGGCGAUCUCUCUAAUGUGACUGUGUACUGGGAAGCUGAUGCCAGCUCAGAAGGGGAACUCUUGAACCAAUCCGGUAACAUCUUCUUUGGCGUUGGCCAGACGUUACAGAGCUUCACCAUCCCUGUGGCCCAGGAUGAAGUCCCCGAGUUGGACAGAAGUUUUACGGUGUCUUUGGUUAAUGUGUCUCACGGCCGACUGGGUGUCGAGACUUCUUCGACUCUCACCGUGCUUGCCAGUGACCACCCAUAUGGUGUUUUUGUUUUCUCCAACACUACAAGGCCUGUCCGCCUGCCUGAAGGUGACUCAGCUGUGACCCUUAGCAUAUUACGACAGAAAGGACUGAUGGGACAGGUGCGAGUCACAUUUAGGACACUAAAGGAAACAGAUCCAGAGCCCUACAACACACCCGGGGUUGGUCGAGCCACAGAAGGGCGAGACUUUAUUCCACUCUUAGAUUCGGUUCUUUUCCUGGCAAAUCAAAGGGAAGCUAACAUCACUAUCAGAGUGUUGGAUGAUGAGGAUCCAGAGAGAGACGAGUCUGUGUUUAUACAGUUGAUCAGUGUUCAACUUGUAGGUGGAGGACAGCAGAGGCCCAUUUCCAACUCCCCAUCUCUUGGUCCCAGGAUGGAAAUCGUAGCCCAGGUGAUAGUGGAGGCUAGUGAUGAUGCCUUCGGUGUCCUUCAAUUAUCAGCUUCUGCUGUCAGCGUGGCUGAAGAUUAUGUUGGCCCCAUCAUAAAUGUCACUCGUGUCGGGGGAAUAUUUGCAGAUGUAUCGGUUAAGUUCAGAGCUGUGCCUUUGACCGCUAGAGUCAGCGAAGACUACAGUGUGGCCUCCACGGAUGUCGUCCUUCUAGAAGGGGAAUCCAGCAAAUCAGUACCAAUAUAUGUCAUCAAUGAUAUCGUACCGGAAUUGGAGGAGACCGUUGCUGUUGAGUUAAUCAAUCAGACUACGGGAGGAGCUCUGCUAGGGGAGCUCACACGUGCCAUUAUUACCAUAUUACCUUCUGAUGACCCUUUUGGUGCCUUUGUCUUCCAUGCGGCCUCAGUCACUGUCGAAGAACCCGCGUCCAACUCAGUUGAAGUUUCACUUCCAAUAGUUCGGAAUGCUGGUACUAUUGGGACAGUGGUAAUCCAAUGGAAGGCUACUGUUAAUGGGAAGCUAGCAGCGGGGGAUAUCAGACCAACAUCGGGAGAAGUGACCUUUGCUCCCGGAGAGACCACGAAGACCCUCCGAUUGGAGGUCUUAGCAGAUGAUGUCCCUGAAAUAACAGAGAUUAUAAAGAUAGAACUCACCAGUGCCAGUAAUGGUGGAAACCUUGGCACUGAUACAAUCGUUGAGAUUAAAGUGCCUGCCAAUGACAACCCAUAUGGGACCGUCUACUUUGGACAACCUGUUUACCGCAUUCAGGAGCCACUGGAGGGAAGCUAUGCAGCCAAUAUUACUGUCCAAAGAAGAGACGGGCACUUUGGUCGCUUGCAAAUCGUGUACAGCACCUCAGAGAUUGACCCAGUUGGCUCAGCACAGGCUGAAGGCCAGAACCUGCUGAACUACUAUGACAUCCCAAAAACAGGGAUUCCUAGCACUCCCCCUCAGGAGUCACUUAACAUCACCGGUCUGAAGGAUCCCUUAUCUGCCUGUGCUGCUGUAUGCUUGAGGGAGAAUGACUGCCAAGCCUUCUCGCUAUCCUCAAACACAAUCUCGCCUUCUUGCACUUGGGUGACUUCAGGAGCAGACCAACUUGCACAGAUGCCUCAGGUCAUGACAUAUGUGAAAAAUAUGACCGCAGCUGCUUCCCUGUUCAGCAGCCAGGCCUUGGCAGGGAGCGACUACAUCCCUGUGAUGGCCCAAAGUGCCUUUAUGGAGGACGGUUCAGGGGCAGCGAACCUCACCGUGCUCAUUUUGACUGAUAAAUUGCCUGAAAUGGAUGAAAGCUUUGCCAUACACAUCUUAAAGGUAGAACUGAUGAAUCUGACUGAAGACCAGAAGAACCUACCCUCUAUUGGCCAGCCAGAUAAAGCAGUGGUUACUAUCGGAUUGAACGGGGAUGCAUUUGGCGUGUUUUUGAUAUACAGCGACAGUCCCAAUGCCACCAACGAGGGACUUUACAUUGAGGUUCGUGAAGAACCGAUGUUGAUAGUUCCUCUGGUCAUUGAAAGGAGAGGAGGCAACUUGGGGACCGUCACUGUGGAGUGGAGGUUUGUUGGAGGAAAGGCCACACCUGAUAGAGACUUCGCUGAAACCGGGGGAACUCUAAUUUUUGAUGGUGAUCUCAAGAAGACAAUAGAGAUCGUAAUCAGAGAUGAUAUUGAACCAGAAGACAAUGAGAGCAUCAUGAUUGGGCUUGUUAAUACAGAGGGAGGAAGUCGUAUCUUUCCCAGUUCUGAUACCGUCAACAUCGUGAUUCUGGCUAACGAUAACGUGGCCGGCAUUGUGGGAUUCCAUCCGGCGUCGCGAUCAGUCAUUGCAAGAGAAGGUGAAAAGCUGAGCUUGUUAGUUUUGAGAACUGCUCCAGGUCUAGGUAAUGUCACAGUAGACUGGAGGAUACAGGGUCCGUUUGUAGAACAGACCUUCACUCAUACCUCAGGGAGACUUGUAUUUCAUCAGGGACACUUAAACAAUACCAUUGUUGUACAGCUUCAGGAUGAUGCCACACCAGAGGAUAAAACUGAGUACAAACUUUUCUUGACUGACAUCCAAACUUUUGGUGUCGCGGCUCCAGGCCACGCCACGUUUGAUGUUCAGGGAAAAGAAGCGGUCAUUAUUGUGGACACCAGCGAUGAACCAUAUGGGCUUUUGAGCAUUGCGCAAUCGUCCCUAAAGGUGACCACUGAGGAACGUGAACACACCGUAGAUAUCUAUAUCAACAGGGAGUUUGGAGCUUCAGGAGCUGUAAAUGUUACCUAUGAGGUUCUCAAAGGUUCUCUGGAGGACCUCACCCAGGUAGAAGGUGCUCUUGCUGACCCCGGACAAGACUUCUUGGCUGGAACUGGUUUUGUCAUUCUUCAGGAGGGUCAGACCACUGUCGCGAUCCCUGUCACCAUACUGGAGGAUGACAUUCCAGAGUUGCAGGAAUACUUCUUAGUCAACAUUACAUCAGCAGUACUCAUAACAACUCUUGCUACUGUUCCUCAACUAGUAGAAGUUGUGUAUUGCACAUUACCAGACACUCAGGAUUUGCUGGCAGAGGUCAGCAUUGCUGCUAAUGAUGGAAUUAGAGGAGUCAUUGAAUGGACAAACACCAUGUUUGAGGUGAAUGAAACAUUAGGGACUCUGACCCUAGUGGCCUUCAGGAACAAGGGCACAUAUGGGAAUGUUUCUCUUCUCUUCUAUGCGCAGAACCUGGAAGCUCAGCAAGGCCUGGACUACAACACUAGCAAAACGAUACUUCAUUUUGUCAACGGCGAAAGACACAAGUUUGUAGAGGUACAGAUCAUCGACGACAUUAUUCCAGAGGGAGCGGAACGAUUCCAGAUGAUAUUGUCCGAUCCAUCACCUGGGCUGGUACUUGGUACCAAUACCACAGCCACCGUUAGCAUCCUUGCUAGCGACGAUGGACACGGUGUCAUAUCUUUUAACACCAGUAAGCCUUUCCUACUAAAGGAGCCCACAUCUGAGCUGGGCCUUCGCGAGAGCGUGGCCACCCUCUAUGUGGUUCGGAACCCUGAGGAGGGCACAUUUGGAGCUGUGACUGUGCAGUUUAUCAUAACAGAUGCUAAUGGCAGCCUUGCUAAUGGAGAUCUUGUGCCAGCGGAAGGGGCUGUGGUGCUGGAGGACGGUGUUAGGUUUGAGAUGCUGGAGAUCCGAGCAUUGCUUGAUGCUGAUCCUGAAAUGAACGAGACAUUCACACUGAGUCUGUUUAAUCCAACCGGGGGCGCACGUCUAGGUGACAAAUUACACACAGUCAUCACAGUCCUAGAGAAUCUUGCUCCAGCUGGCUUGUUCCGAAUUGGACCCACUCUCGAGAGAAGUAGCACACAAGUGAUGGCAAGUGAAGGAAGUGGACCAAUUUUUCUCACAGUGUCCCGCAGCAAUGGCCUGGAGUCCACUGUCAGUGUGGAGUGGGAGACGCAAUCUGAAACAGCUGUUGCUUUCGAGGGCAAUUUCCCGGUUAUGGGUGUGUAUCAGAGCUUCGAGGACAGUCCCACAUCCACUUGGUGCUCCGUCCCCGGAAUGCCAUCCAUUCUUGCUGUGAGACUUGAUAAGAGUCCUGCUGUGGGAUCUUCUCACACAUUGGCCACACUCUAUCAAUGGCAAGGAGUUUUUGUGUCUGUGGAGUCUGCGAGGAUUCAGAACCCUCGUUCUUGUGUGGGCUUCACACUUAAAAACAGUAGCUACAUCGCAAUCACACAUGGUGGUGCUCCCUUCGCCCCUGCUGCCAACCUCAGUAUCUUGAAAGUACAUAGGGACCUCAAUGUCACGUUGGAACAAAUCAUGAGCGUGGAAAGCCUGGAAGUGAAACACUUCACAAUUGACAACAGUGAUUUUCUGGUCGCAUCAAGUCAGAUAUUUGUUUUGACCAACAACUCCUUCACGCUCCUGCAGACGCUUGACUUUAAAGACGAUAUUGUCAGUGUGACUCCAUUCACCCACGCAGAAUCUCCUUAUUUAGUAGUUUGUCUAAACAGAGUGACAAAUGGCUGCUUCCUUCUUGACUGGAUUGACGGGAGAUUUGGAAAUUCGCAACCCUUCCCUGUCUCAGGCAGUAUUAGCCAAGUGGAGACAGUCCAGAUUACAGCAGUGGACACUCUUUUCUUGGUGCUUCGUCAAGAUCUCCUUCCCUCCUGUGAAGUUCUCCUGUGGAGAUUCGGGCAGAGUUCACCUGAGUUACAUCAGUCCAUUCCUUACCAAGGCCUCACUUCGAUUCAUGUGUUCACUGCCUCCUCUGAAAUCGUUUAUAUACUACUUGCUGGUAGCAAUGGCUCAUCACUCUACACCUGGAGGUCUGAUUCCAGCCUAUUCGCCAUUGUACUGAACGCCCCAGCAGCUAUGAGAUUCUUCUCCUUUAAAGUCUCGUCCUUCAACACAACAAAGAUCAUUUUGGCUUCUUCUGAAGAGAAUCGCUCCAGACUUUAUGAAUUAACUUCUGUUUCUAAUGAGUCAGACUUCAUUCCCAGUUUUGGCGAGUUGCAUUUCCUACCUGGUGACAGCGAGCUACAGAUUGCGGUGAACGUCUUGGAUGAUGACGUUCCUGAAGAGCAGGAGCAGUUUCAAGUCCGCCUAAAGAACCCCAAAGGUGGGGCAGAGAUUGGGUUUGGGGGUCAAGUGACCGUUGUGGUUCCGAGCAAUGACAACGCCCAUGGAGUGAUUGGGUUUGCGCAGAACUCUCUGUCUCUGGAGGUUGACGAAUUGGAGGAAAAUCAUCAGAUCUCCCUCACUGUGGAGAGGAGAAGGGGGACUUUCGGCAGAUUGACUGUUCACUGGUCUGCCAGUGGGAGUCUGGCGGACAUUUAUCCCACUUCCGGAGUGGUUACAUUCUCAGAGGGCCAGUCGGUUGCCGUCAUUCCACUGACUGUGCUGGCCGAUGGCGUGGCAGAGCUGAGUGAGAGCGUUACCGUUACUCUCAUGGAUGUGACCACACUUGAGCUGCAGGACAUUCAACAAGCCGCCGUCAUUGAUGGUUUGCGGGCACGUGCACUGCUUACCAUCCUGCCAAACGGUUCCCCCUAUGGAGUUAUUGGAUGGCAUCUGGACUCUCGCAUUACUCCAACGCAAGAACCACAGGGCUUUCCGAUCAAUCUGACUUUGUCUAUAGUUCGGGAACAAGGCUCCACAGGUGAAGUGGAAAUACAUUAUGAAACCAGGCCAGCCUUGUACCAACCGCCACCCAACCAAGCUUCAGCAAAUUAUGACUAUAUCGCCAAAGAUGAAAUCCUUAUCAUGCCAGACGGAGCAACUGUGGCCCUUUUGACCAUCACAAUACUUCCAGAUGAGAUCCCAGAACUGUCUGAGAGUUUCCUGGUAAAUAUCACCAGCGUGGCGCUAGUUGGCAGGCCAGCUGGAGCAGGCCAGCCAACUGUGAAGAGACCUGGCAUGGAAGUAGCUGAAAUAACCAUCCAGGAAAACGAUGAUCCUCGAGGGAUAUUGCAGUUUGUUGAGCCUGAAGUAAGUGAUAGCCCUAUUGUGGUAUAUGAGAUGCCAGCACCUGGCAACAUCAUACAACUGAAAGUAGCACGACUUGCUGGUACAGUUGGAAGACUGCUCACUUACUGGGAGGCUCAACCCAUUACUGCUGAUCUCACUGAUUUCACCCCCUCAUCUGGCAACAUCACCUUCCAAGAUGGGCAGAGAGAAGCUGUGAUUGCUGUCACCAUUAUGGAUGACGACCACGUGGAGGCGUCAGAGAAAUUUAAAGUAACUUUACUGCGGGUAAUCGGUGGCGCUCGAUUGGGAGACUUAACCUACGUGACUGUCGACAUUCCGGCUAAUGAUUCCCCUCUAGGACGAUUUGGAUUCGAAGAGUUGGAGGUUACUGUAAGUGAGCCAGAGUUUGUUGACGAUCCUGCUGCUAUCGCUCGAUUAGCGGUACUGCGCAGUGAAGGCGGUGAAGGAGCCGUGACAUUGGUGUGGCAGCUGGAAGGAGAAGCUGUUCAUGACCUUUCACCUCAAAAUGGAACACUUACCUUUACUGAGACUGAAUCGAUGAAGAUUUUUGUGAUAAGAGCCCUUGGUGACAGCGUACUAGAGGGAGUAGAGAGUUUCACUGUUAAUCUCUUUCCUGCAAUGGAUGGCAGUGCUGUCAUUGACCCUUUAAAAGGUUUGGCAACCAUCACUAUCAUGGCAGACAAGGCUGCCCUGGGCAUCAUAGGGCUGGCAGAGUCGUCCAGGAACAUUUUCAUUGGAGAACCUGAAGGAUUUUAUAAUGGCAGUGCUGUUGUUAACCUUGUUCGUGGGCCAGGUGUGUUCGGUGAAGUGCAGGUGUAUUGGAAUAUCACCCCCGCUUUGGAUGAUGAAUUCAAGACUAUCUUUGGCUCUGUAACAAUGAAAGACCAACAAUCUUUUGCUUCUUUUUCUCUGGAGGCCAUAGAUGAUGAUUUUCCUGAGGAACGUCGCGAUUUCCAGUUAAUGCUGACGUCCAUGACUCCAGGAUUGGAAAUCAGCCCCAAUGCAAGGCAUGCCAGGAUAACCAUGGCAGCCAGUGACAACCCUUACGGCCUGUUCUCCCUCACCGAGAAGGAGAUAAGCACAAAUGAGGAGGAGGGAAUUAUUAUUGUGACAAUUAAUCGCACUAUGGGCAGUUUGAAAAAUGUUUGGGUCACCUACCAGACCUCAAACCACACAGCAGUUAGUGGAGAGGACUUUGCUUCUGUUUCGGGGCGGCUUUUCUUCACCCCAGGUCUGACGUCACAACGCGUUUCAGUGCAUAUUCAUGACGACAGUCUUCCAGAAGGGCCUGAAAUGUUCUACUUCAACAUUACGGAUGUGGAUCUAGUCAACGUCAGUGGUGUGGAUUACACACUGACUGAAUCAGGUCUCCGACUCGACCAACCUCCAGUCAUAGGUGACAUCUCAUCUCUUGCUGUUUUCAUACUGAAGAAUGACAACGCUGAGGGUGUCUUACAGUUCAGGCAUGACCACGUUAACAUCACAAUUGAGGAGGAUGCAGGCACUGUGUUGAUCCCAGUGGUGAGGACGGCAGGUUCAUAUGGAACCGUCUCUGCAGAGUAUAUUUCCAGAGGCCUGAGUGCAACUCCUGGUCUUGACUACAUUGCAAACAAUGGCUCAGUAAUGUUCAUCCACGGCCAGCAAAGUAGUGUUAUUAAUGUUACAAUUUUAGAUGACAUGGAAAGUGAAUAUGCAGAGAUGUUCCAGAUCGUGCUGGUUGGAACCACAGGGGGGGCAGUACUUGGCUCUCAAACAGUCACCAGGGUGACCAUCAACAAGAGUGACUCACCCGGAGGUGUUGUACGGUUUCUUAACGAAAGCCUAAUUACCAUCCGUAACCCAAACGACACUCAAAAACUCACACUGGUUGUGGAGAGGACAGGAGGCCGUGUGGGCAAUGCAACGGUUGCUUGGAUUAUCCUCGGCCCGAAUAGCAGAGAUGCUCUGCUUCCAACCAAUACAGACAUUAGAGAGCCCUUGACUGGGACUUUUUUCUUCAGUGAUGGGGAAGAAGGCACACGCGAUAUUACACUUCGGGUUCUUCCUCAUGGUGAAGUGGAGGUGGAGGAAACAUUUAUAAUUGAGCUCAGCCUUCUCAGUGGAGACGUGGACAUCAAUUCGGAAGCUGGAUCCAUAACACUGAAGGUUGAAAAAUUUGGAGACCCAAAUGGUAUCGUCCGAUUUACAGAGAAUGCACUUCAGGAGCACAUUUACAACGAACCAACAGAGGGACCAAUUGACAUCUCUUUAUAUGUUACACGUCGAGAGGGUAUCAUGGGUAAUAUUAGGGUUCACUGGCAGAUACUCUCUGACUUUGACAAAGCUGGAGAUUUUGUGGCCUUUUCUGGCUCAGUGGUCAUCGCGGAAGGCCAGAGAGAGGCAGAGAUAGUUGUUAGUCUUCGGCCUGACACUGUGCCAGAAUUGGAAGAGCUCUACACUGUUCAACUGACAGCAGUGGAGGGCGGUGCUACCCUGGAUGCUAAUUUGGACCUUUUACGCACCCAUAUUAGAGUCCAUGCAAAUGAUGACCCCCAUGGUGUCUUGUCCUUAAAUCCGGAGCAGCAGUCUGUGUUGGUUGUUGGGUCAGGACACGAGAUCCAUAGAGUUCUGGAGAUAAAUGCGACUCGGCUCGCGGGGCUGUUUGGCAAUGUCACUGUGGGCUACAAGGUCUCUGGUGGGACAGAGGAGGUGAUGGACAUGAUGGGAGGACAAGCUGAAGGACAACUAUUGUUCACUGAGGGGCAGGCUUACACUGCUGUCAUGCUACAAAUAAGCAACCAGGUUUUUUUGUCUGUGGGAGAGAGUUUCACAGUCGAGCUAACUAAUGUAAGAAUGCUCAGUCCUUUACUUGGUGCCCCACCGACCCUCCAUCAUGAUUCCACUGUUGCUAGGGUGACUGUGCCUGAGGUAGCUGCCAACUCAGAGGUGGGUUUUGCUUCUCUGGCUUUAUCAGUUUCAAGCACUGAAACAGGGAAAUGUGAAGCAAAAGUGACACGAACUGGGUUGUUUGGGGGUAUCAGAGUCCAGUGGAGGGCAGGGUAUCCCCCGGGACACUCUCUACCAGGUUUUACAAUUGGAACAAUCAUGCCAAAUUCAGGCUCUUUGACCUUCUCCCAUGGAGAGAGAACAAAGAUAAUACCUCUGACAGCCAUGGCUGAUGUAUCUGAGCCAACUGCUCAUGCGUUGUACCUCACUGGAGCCACCUCCAGCACAACUGCAGUUAGCCAUGUCAAGCUCAGGUCAGGAUUUACAUUGGCGGAAGUGGAGCCACUAGGAAUCUACCAGUUUUCUCCCGAUUCCCGCCAGCUAGUCAUCGAGGAGGACUUCCAUACUAUAACACUCUAUGUCCAGAAGCUCUAUGGUUUGCGUAGCAACAGGACUCGCUUAUCUUACACAACCAUUGCAGGAAGCGCAGCUGCAGGAGCGGAUUUCAUCUCCGUUCCAGAGGGCCGUUUAACAUUUGAGUCAGCUUGGCAAACAAACAGUUCCUUCCAGCUUUCCAUCCUUGAUGACUCCCUCUCAGAGCCAGAUGAAUAUUUUUGCGUUAACCUUACCGACAUCGACGUCCUUAGUCCAAAUUUAGUUGGGGUGGAUGUCUUCCCUCGAAUCAACCCUCUGUACAGUCUGGCAACUGUUACCAUACUGGCGAGUGAUGUGACCGGUGGGGUUCUAAGUAUAGGUCCUGGACUGAUCCAAGUACCCGAAGACAAUGAUGAAGAGAGUCAACAAGAACGUAGAGUUCUCCUCAGGGUGCGCAGAUCAAACAGCAUGGCUGGAGAUGUACGAGUUAAGGUUCAAGCAUAUGGAGACGGAAGCACAACACCUUUCCCUUUCGCCCUGGAGCCUGUUUGGCCUCUAGCGAAGGAGAAUCAGGACUUCCAGUUGGAGUCUAAUAUUGUGCACUUGCCGGCUGGCCAGAAUGAGACUGAGGUGAUCCUCUUCAUCCUGGACGACUCAGAACCAGAAGGACAGGAGGUGUUCUUCGUAUAUCUCAGUGAUCCUGAGGGAGGAGCGCAGAUUACUGACAGUCCACAACAGGGCUACGGGGCCUUUUCGAAAAUCACUAUUCUUGGUAGUGACUUCCAUAAUGGCAUAAUAGGCUUUAGUCACAAGUCACUGAUAGGCCAGGUUCUGGAUGAAGAUUCAGAGAACAAAACAGUUCAACUAUUUGUGCAGAGGCAGGGAAACAGAGCCUUCGAGGAUUUGCAAGUUUUCUGGAGAGCUACUUUCAACAAAACAGUGCCAACUCUUAUCAGCAAUGGCGUCGACCUUACUAAACAACUGGUGCAUACAUCUGGAUUUGCACUUUGUAAAAGAGGAGAGAUCAUCUGUGCUUUUACUUUGGAGGUCCAAGAUGAUGAGGAACCAGAGUACAACACUUGGUUCUUGGUGGAAGUUUUUCAGGUGGGCUCAGGCGCCACCAUUAAUGAAACCGGCCGGUUUGCCAACGUCACCUUGUCGGAGAGCGACGAUCCGCGAGGUGUUGUGUACUUCGACGUCGGCCACAGGUUCCCCACUGCCACUCCUACAACCACAAAGCUGAGUCUUCAAGUGUACAGAAGAGCAAGCACUGCUUCAAAAAUAUCUGUACGGUAUCGUACUAUGGAGCUUCCCAGGGAGGAGGUGCUCGGGCCUUUUGUAAUCCAUCCUGCUAAAGAAGGGCUAGAUUUCCCUCAGCAGGAGGGCCAGCUGACCUUUGACGCAGGUCAAAGUAACAUAUCCGUAGACAUUUAUCUAACCCCUGACCUGGCGUCGUCUUUCCCCCGGCCUAAGCGCUUCCAAGUGGAGCUGAUCAACGCGACAGGGGGCGCCAGAGUACACACUGACUUCGGCCUUGCUAAUGUUACGCUGGUAUCAAAUGCUGCUAGUGCUGCUAUGUGGGCCUUGGUCGGGAAGUUACACCAACCUCUGGACCCGCCAACGCUCAACCAGGUGUUGCGAGGACUCAUCGAUCAGACCGCCGCCACUCUGUCCCGGGAACAAAUGACGGCUGUGCUUGAAGCUUUGGGCAAGGUACUCAUGGUUUCUGAGAAAGCAUCUAUUGAGCAAAGCAGCCGUAAUUUGACCUACGACCUGUUGUGUGCGUUGGCCAAGCCCAGCAGAUCUGACACGCGGGGCCUCAGCCACCUUGCCGAAGCAGCUGAACGAUUUGCGUUCUCCAUUAUCACACGCAGUCCGUGUGAGAUAGGGGGCACCAACCUGGACACAUGUGCGCACAUGUCCAUCUCUGCCUUCCAGUGGUAUCCCACGCAGAUCAAUGGGCACAAAUUCAGAGGGCGUAAUGCAGACUUCUUCCAGCUUCCUGACACUCUGCUGGCAGUGCCGGCCACCUCCACACCCAAGUGCAACAACCUCAGUCAGAUUCAGCUGAUAGAGUUCAGAAAUGACCUCUGGUUUCUCAGCAAUGAUACAACAAAUGCUCUCAACGGGAAGGUUUUCUCAGCUAGUCUACAGGACAGAAAGUCAAGACCCCUAGGAGAUGGUGUGGAGGUGAUAUAUAGAAUUCACACUGCUGGUCAGCCACUUAAACCAGGACGUUCUAUGUGCCUUCUCUGGAACCAGACCACUGGAAGCUGGUCAUCGGAUGGGCAGUAUUGCCGGGUUGUGAAAGAGAGUGCCAACUAUGUGGAGUGCGCCUGUUCCCACUUGUCUAUCUACACAGCAUAUGCGGAGUUUGCCCCAAUUGCAUCAUAUAACCAGGGCUUCUAUGCCUCUGGGUUCAUCUGCAUCUCAGCCUUCGCUUUGGCCAUUAUAGCACACAUCCUGUGUUCCCGUUUCCCUAUGUUUGCUGCCAAAUUGCUCGUUCAUAUGAUGGUGAGCUGCCUGGGAACGCAGAUCUGCUUCCUGGUGUCAGCUUUCCGUGGCCGUGUGCUUUCAGAGGACAGCUGUGCAACUCUAGCACUUUUCUCUCACUACUUUCACCUCAGCCAGUUCUUUUGGAUGCUUAUACAGGCUGUGAAUUUCUGGCAAGUGCUAGUAAUGAACGAUGAGCACACAGAGCGCCGAUAUCUUCUGUACUUCCUGUUGGGUUGGGGUCUUCCAGCUCUCGUCAUCAUCAUACUGGUUGUUGUUUUGCUUGGAGGCUUCGACUGGAGUAUCCACGCUGUCUACGGAUUGGUGGAAGGGAACGUGUGCUUCAUGCCGAACAUCUAUGCUGCACUGUGCACUGCUGUGCUCGUUCCGCUCAUCUGUUUGGUUGCUGUGCUAGUCAUCUUCAUACACGUCUACCAGGUCUCUUCACAAUGGAAGGCCUACGAUGAUGUCUAUCGCGGUCGUGCAAACGGUACAGAGGUGCCGCUAGUCCUCUACCUGUUCUUGCUCAUCUCUCUCGUGUGGUUGUGGGCUGGACUUCACAUGGGCUACAAGCAAAUGUGGAUGCUUGUCCUCUACAUCAUCUCUAACUGCCUGCUGGGGCUGUAUGUGUUUGCAGUUUACUUUGUCAUGCACAACCAGCUGUGUUGUCCCGCUAAAGCCACCUACAAUGUAGAAAGGAGUGAGCAUGACAGUCCGGACUCUAGCUUUCCGGGAGCUGGACCUACCACGGUUGGAGCCGAUAUCAACAAAUCAACACAGAACCUCAUUAGCGCCAUGGAAGAGGUGUCUGCGGACUGGGAGCGUGCGUCGCUGAGGACCGGUACUCAGCCCACGGGUGGGUUCAGGCCCAGUCCGGUGUUGGGGACGUAUACCAGUGAAGGCGGCUUCAUCAACGCUAACCUAGUCACCACAGACGAGGAGUCCCAGGAGUUUGACGACCUCAUAUUUGCCUUAAAAACUGGGAGCGGUCUCAACAUAAGCGACAAUGAGUCCAUUCCGGGGAGCCACGACGGGGGCAGCGUGAGCAGCUCCCAAAUUGUGGAGCUUCGAAGGAUCCCCAUCGCCGACACGCACCUCUAA